GCAAGAAUCUCCUGGAUUGUUAUUCUUAAAAUAUAUAACUGAAAAGUAAAUUUGAUCUCAACGUGAUAGGGUGUUUAGUUUCUGUAUAAUCGCCAUUUUUCUUCAAUCCUGGAAAAUUUAAUAGUCAAACAUUUUCAAGGCAAGAAAUAAUCGAAAUGGUGGAUCCAGCAUCAGGAUCACAGCAACAACAACAGCCUCCGACGCUUUCCAUUACAGUGGUGCCGCUGAAUGUGCUGGACGAUCCACUUGAAAGCGUGCAAGAGCUUGACGGAGACGAAGACUUAACAGGUGGCGGUCGGUUACUUCAUCCGUUGAGCGAGUCAGCUAUCCUUGAAGCGUCUCAAUCGUUCUAUGAGGACAUAGUCGAUGACGUUAUUUUAGGCAUCGUGUUUGAAGUCCACCGCGGUGCUAAAUUGGGACUCACCGCUCUCCUGGAGGACGGUGUGACCGGUGAUACACAAUGUGAUUUCGACGGAGACGAAACGACCCGUUCAUCUACCGGCGGCGGUGGUGAAGCAAUGGAUUUCGAUGCAGCGUCAGAGAUGUUAUCAUCGGCAGCGGUCAAUAGCAAAAAACCGGCUGAAUGCGUCUGUCCUAACUGCCAGCGCAACAUGGCCGCAUCCCGUUUUGCUCCACACUUGGAAAAGUGCAUGGGCAUGGGCCGGAACAGUUCACGAUUGGCGUCGAGGCGUAUUGCCACCUCUGCUAGUAGACAGGCUGAUUUGGUAAGCGAUGACGACUGUGACGACGACGACUGGACGGCGAGUGGAGCCAGUGAAAGGCAGGACCAUCGAAUCAUGAGCGGCGAAGGUGGAGGAGGUGGUGGCAACAAGAAUAAACGCCGCCAUCACUUGCACAAAAAAGACAAAAACUCGCCGAGACGCAAGAAAUGGAAGAAUGGCAGCAAUGGCGACAACAACCAUAGCAACAGCAACAGCUCCAGUGGUCAUCCGUCCAUUGCGUCAUCGGCGUCUGCAGUUCCGGGAGCUGAAGAUGGUUUGCAUACUGGAUCAACUGGAGGAGGUAAUACAAUGGAAACAAUGGGGUUGACUGAGCGCCGGACCCUUUUGACCACCAUGUGCGGCGUCAUCUCGGAACAUACUGGCCGGAUGUGUACACGUUCUCUUCGUUGUCCUCAGCACACGGACUCUCAACGAAAAAAUGUCCGACAGGUCAUAUUGGAGCAUCACACAGAAACGGAAAGUCACCUUCUGCCCACAAUUGGUGGAGACAAGGACAAGGAGAUGAUUGACGUGGAUACAUGGGAGGAAGGAGACUCGCUUGCUUCACUCCUAACUGCUCAGAGUCACGACGUCCCGACGCCCGGCGCCGAAGCUUCGCCUGCCGAAUCCACCUCAACAUCGGCCAGCUCCACUUCCUCAUCGGCUAGACGCCGAACGGAGCAACAACCCAGCGUCACUAAUAACAAAACCAAUAGCAAGAAGAACAAUGGCAAAAAGUUCAAAGGCGAGGCUUGAUUGACGUCUUUAUUUAUAAUUUUCCCUUUCCCCCCUCCCCCUCUUUUUUUGUUUGGUCUCUUUUUUGUUUCAGACUUAAUUCAUUCAUUCCGAUCGAUUUCUUUUUUUCCGCCCACUCCUUCCUGUUCUCUUCACCGCAACCUUGACGUCUCUCCGCCACUCAAGCCCGCAAUCAGAAGGUAUAAAUAUCCAAUGAAUUGAGCUUGAAAAGGUGUACUUUUCACCUGGGGAUAUAAAACAAAAAUACGAAAACAACAUUGGAAGGCUCCAACUUGACGAUCGGACGUAUGAUAAAGUGUAUUAUUAUUGACAUUCUUGCGGAUUGAAUUGUGUAAUUGGCACAUUUGAAGGAAACGAAUUAAAUCACUUGCUCCAUCUU